AUGACGAGCCUCUCAAUCUCGAGCUGCAUUCUCCCUUCCAAAUCGAACCUAACUAGGCCAUCAACCUCGUCGCCAUUCAAUGGCGUUCGAAUUUCGCAUUUGUGCCCGACGCGCCGCCCCGGCGUGUCGUCCAGCCGUGCCUCGUCCGUGGUGAUGAUGGCGAAAAGAGAUGAGGAGCUGAAGGAGAUUAGGGGUAAGUCGACGGAGGAGCUGAACGAAGAGAUUGUGGACCUCAAAGGCGAGCUUUUCAUGCUCCGCCUCCAGCGCUCGGCCAGGAAUGAGUUCAAGGAGCUAGAGGAAGGGAUCAGCAAGAGGCUGUCGAGAAAGCUCGACUUGAAAUGGAAGAAAAGUAUUGUUCCAAGGCCGCCACCAUCUCUCAAGAAAUUGCAAGAAGAGGAGGCAGCUGCCGAGGCUAAAGAGUCGGCUUGA